UGAUAGAUGGCCUUAUUAACCGCGGAUCGCUCCUCGGUUUGUUGACCAUUAUCCCUUGCAACAACUACCUUUCUGCUGUAUUAUUUAACUAUUGACAUGCCAACAUGAAAUUCUUUACUUUUAUCAUUACGCUCUUCUAUGUCGUAUCUAGCGCUUUCUGCGCCAACUCCAAGCUUAACAAGUUUGAAAGAUAUCAAUCCCUCUCUCGCUCCGGGCCCAUUGAUUUGGACGAUUCCUCGUAUGAAGAUUUGACUUCGAAACCUCGGGACUAUCAUGUUGCAGUUCUUUUGACAGCUGCGGAGGCUCGUUAUGGGUGCAUUCUAUGUCGCGAAUUCCAGCCAGAAUGGGAGCUCAUUGCGCGAAGUUGGAACAAAGGCCCCAAGCCCGAUGGUUUAAAAAUGCUGUUUACCACUCUUGACUUCAGCAGUGGCAAAGCAACCUUUCAAAAGCUGAUGCUCCAAACUGCACCGGUUCUGCUUGUGUUCCCCCCAACUGUUGGCCCCUUUGCUAAAGUUGACGAUGCGCCCGUAAGAUUUGACUUCAGUGGUCCAAUCUCCGCUGACCAACUCUACGUGUGGAUUAAUCGUCACCUUCCAGAAGGGCCGAAACCGUCUCUUGUUCGACCCAUCAACUAUGUGCGACUAGUUUCUGCGGUAACAAUCUUGAUGGGCGUGAUAACGUUGUUCACUGUUCUGUCGCCGUAUGUUUUACCGAUUAUCCAAAAUCGAAACUUGUGGGCUGCGUUCAGCUUGAUUGCCGUUUUACUAUUCACAAGUGGGCAUAUGUUCAAUCAUAUCCGCAAAGUGCCAUAUGUUGUUGGCGAUGGUAAAGGUGGUAUCAGCUACUUCGCCGGUGGAUUUUCAAACCAGUUUGGAAUGGAAACGCAGAUCAUUGCAGCCGUCUAUGCCAUACUCUCUUUUGCAACCAUAGCUCUGGCCAUGAAGGUUCCCCGUAUUGCGGACAGCAAAACGCAACAAGUGGCUGUGCUAAUCUGGGGGACUGUGUUGUUUGGUAUGUACAGCUUCCUCCUCAGCGUCUUCAGAGCAAAAAACGGCGGGUAUCCUUUCUUCCUGCCUCCAUUCUAGUUCAAAGCUACCACAGAUCGCUGCAGCAUCGUUCGUUCAUCUUGUCAAAUAGCUAUCCAUUGGUUGCGUUGAAAGAGUGAGGUUUCGAGCCAACAACUUUCAUAUACGGCACAUGAAGCUGGGAUAUAAAUUACAGGGCAACUACUUUGCGAUACUGCCAAUAAUAUGCAGUAUAAUAGAAUUUCCUGAUCAGCUAAUGUACCUCUGAACGCUCAUGUGCGAGUAGUAUAACCAUAGUAAGGAUAGGCAUUAAGUGCAAGAUCUAGAUGGAUAUUCUCAAUACAGUGCAACUCGGUCAAUC